AUGUUUACAAAAUCAUUCCUUUUAGCUUCCCUUCUCCUCAUCAUCUUCGUCUCUUCAACUCAAUCAGCUCGUCACAAGAGCGGCAACGAUGGUUCAGGCUUCGGUGUACCCGGAUUUCCCGGAAUACCCGGAUUCGGAAACGGGUUUCCGGGUCCCGGAUUCAGCGGUGGAUACGGCGGAGGGUCCGGUGGUCCGAGCGGUGGAUACGGGAAAGGAGGUGUGGUGAGGCCGACUGUGACUUGCAGAGAGAAGGGACCUUGUAACGGCAAGAAGCUGAGGUGUCCGGCCAAGUGUUUCAAAUCUUUUAGCCGCUCAGGGAAAGGAUACGGCGGUGGAGGCGGCGGAGGUGGAUGCACCAUGGAUUGUAAGAAGAAGUGUAUCGCUUAUUGCUAA